GGCGGGGCGAGGGUAGCCAGGCCUGAAGGACACAGGGACACGGGCCAGAGCGACUGGCCCCGCACGCGGACAGGAGUGAACCCGAGCCGUGACGGCCAGACCCCAGGAUGGCGGAAGCACACCAGGCCGUGGCUUUCCAGUUCACAGUAACCCCAGACGGGGUCGAUUUCCGGCUCAGUCGGGAGGCCCUGAAACACAUCUACCUGUCUGGGAUCAACUCGUGGAAGAAACGCCUGAUCCGCAUCAAGAAUGGCAUCCUUAGGGGUGUGUAUCCUGGCAGCCCCACCAGCUGGUUGGUUGUCGUCAUGGCAACAGUGGGUUCCUCCUACUGCAAUACGGACAUCUCCAUGGGGCUGGUCACUUAUAUCCAGAGAUGCCUCCCUGCAGGAUGUGGCCCCUACUGGACCCCACAGACCCGGGCACUUCUCAGCACAGCCAUCUUCUCCACUGGGGUCUGGAUGAUGGGCAUCUUCCUCUUCCGUCAAACCCUGAAAUUCCUUCUUUCCUACCACGGUUGGAUGUUUGAAAUGCACGGCCAGACCAGCCACUUCACCAAAAUCUGGGCUAUCUGUGUCCGCCUUCUGUCCAGUCGGCGGCCCAUGCUCUACAGCUUCCAGACAUCUCUGCCCAAGCUUCCUGUGCCCAGCGUGCCAGCCACAGUUCAGCGGUACCUGGAAUCUGUGCGGCCCUUGUUGGAUGACAAGGAAUAUUACCGAAUGGAGAUGCUGGCCAAGGAAUUCCAGCACAAGACUGCGCCCAGGCUGCAGAAGUACCUGGUACUCAAGUCAUGGUGGGCGACUAAUUAUGUGAGUGACUGGUGGGAAGAGUACAUCUACCUCCGAGGCAGGACUCCCCUCAUGGUGAACAGCAACUAUUAUGUCAUGGACUUUGUGCUCACCAAGAACACAGAGGUGCAGGCAGCCCGCCUGGGAAACAUUGUCCACGCCAUGAUCAUGUAUCGCCGUAAACUGGACCGGGAAGAUAUCAAGCCUGUGAUGGCACUGGGCAUCGUGCCCAUGUGCUCCUACCAGAUGGAGAGGAUGUUCAACACCACGCGGAUCCCGGGCAAGGACACAGACAUACUGCAGCACCUCACGGACAGCAGACACGUGGCCGUCUACCACAAGGGCCGCUAUUUCAAGGUGUGGCUCUAUGAGGGCUCCCGCCUGCUCAAGCCACGGGACCUGGAGAUGCAGUUCCAGAGGGUCUUGGAUGACCCCUCCCCACCUCAGCCUGGGGAGGAGAGGCUGGCAGCCCUCACUGCGGGCGGAAGAGUGGAGUGGGCAAAGGCUCGCCAGGCCUUCUUUAGCUCUGGCAAGAAUAAGGCUGCCCUGGAUGCCAUUGAGCGUGCUGCUUUCUUUGUGGCCCUGGACGAGGAGUCUCACCACUAUGACCCCGACGAUGAGGCCAGCCUCAGCCUGUAUGGCAAGGCCCUGCUGCAUGGCAACUGCUACAACAGGUGGUUUGACAAGUCUUUCACCCUCAUCGCUUUCAAGAAUGGCCAGCUGGGCCUCAACACAGAGCACGCGUGGGCAGACGCCCCUAUCAUAGGGCACCUCUGGGAGUUUGUCCUUGGCACUGAAACCUUCCACCUGGGCUACACGGAGACAGGGCAUUGCCUAGGCAGACCAAGGCCUGAGCUGGCACCUCCCCAGCGGCUGCAGUGGGACAUUCCUGAGCCGCCUCCUCGACGUGACCCUGGAGUCCUGCUUGGAGUCCUGCUUGUGGUGCUGGGUCCCCAGCUGACCCUUCCCAUGUCUCGGCAGUGCCAGGCCGUCAUCGAGAGUUCCUACCAGGUGGCCAAGGCGCUGGCAGACGAUGUGGAGUUGUACUGCUUCCAGUUCUUGCCCUUUGGCAAAGGCCUGAUCAAGAAAUGUCGGACCAGCCCCGAUGCCUUCGUGCAGAUUGCCCUGCAGCUGGCUCACUUCCGGGACCGGGGCAAGUUCUGCCUGACCUAUGAAGCCUCAAUGACUAGAAUGUUCCGGGAGGGACGGACAGAGACUGUACGUUCCUGUACCAGCGAGUCCACAGCCUUUGUUCAGGCCAUGGUGGAGAGGUCCCACAUGAAGGAAGACCUACAAGAUCUCUUCCGGAAAGCUUCUAAGAAGCACCAGAAUAUGUACCGCCUGGCCAUGACGGGGGCUGGGAUUGACAGGCACCUCUUCUGCCUUUACGUGGUCUCCAAGUACCUGGGGGUCAGCUCCCCUUUCCUGGCUGAGGUGCUCUCAGAACCCUGGCGUCUCUCCACCAGCCAGAUCGCUCAAUUCCAGAUACGCAUGUUUGACCCAGACCAGUACCCAAAACACCUGGGUGCCGGUGGUGGCUUUGGCCCCGUAGCUGAUGAUGGCUACGGGGUUUCCUACAUGAUCGCAGGUGAGAACACCAUCUUCUUCCACGUCUCCAGCAAGUUCUCAAGCUCAGAGACGAAUGCCCAGCGCUUUGGGAACCACAUCCGCCAAGCUCUGCUGGACAUCGCUGACCUCUUCCAAGUUUCCAAGGCUGACGGUUGAGGGCUAGAGAAAUGCCAGCCACCCUUUCCUCCCCACGGUGUCCAGGGGCCUGUCGUUA